AUGCCUUCGAAGACGGGCUCACACAGCCCGGCUAGCUUCGGUAAGAGUCUACCGGAGCGGGGACUGCUCCUGUUGAUGGUUCUGGUGUUUCUGGAGGGCUCCGUGCUUCCUCUCGGAGCAGCCAGCUCUCCGGAUAUCAGCCACCAAGCGAAGGUGGACAACCGCACAGUGGCGCACGCACGGCACAACUUGACUAAAAAGCCUUUCCCCGUGCUCAGCCUCGACUACCAUCACAUUCAGACCCCUUUUGAAAUCUCAUUAUGGGUGCUGCUCGCCUCUUUAAUGAAAUUAGGAUUCCACCUGAUUCCUCGGCUGUCCAGCAUUGUGCCAGAAAGCUGCCUGUUGAUUGUGGUGGGCCUGCUUGUUGGGGGGCUCAUCAGACUAGCUGGAGAAAAGGUCCCUCCAGUGCUGGACUCCAGAUUAUUCUUCCUCUGCCUGCUGCCUCCCAUCAUCCUGGAUGCUGGCUACUUCCUGCCCAUCCGUCCCUUCAUGGAGAACCUGGGCACGAUCCUGAUGUUUGCUGUUGUGGGGACCCUGUGGAAUGCCUUCUUCAUCGGGGGCCUGCUGUAUGCUGUGUGUCAGAUCCCGCCAGCCCAUUCAUCCAACCUGCGCCAGCUGGAGCUCCUGCCUUGCCUGCUGUUCGGCUCCAUCGUGUCGGCUGUGGAUCCUGUUGCUGUGCUAGCUGUCUUUGAGGAGAUCCACAUCAAUGAACUGUUGCACAUCCUGGUGUUCGGCGAAUCACUGCUCAACGAUGCUGUCACUGUGGUGUUAUACCACCUGUUUGAGGAGUACGCGGGUGUUGGCAUAGUGACAGUGCUGGAUGGUUUCCUGGGAAUCAUCUCCUUCCUGGUGGUUGCAUUGGGUGGCGUUCUAGUCGGAGCCAUUUAUGGAAUCCUGGCCGCCUUCACUUCACGCUUCACCUCCCACACCCGAGUCAUUGAGCCACUUUUUGUCUUUGUGUACAGCUACAUGGCCUACCUGUCAGCUGAGAUGUUCCACCUCUCUGGCAUCAUGGCGUUAAUAGCAUGCGGAGCAGUGAUGCGACCCUAUGUGGAGGCCAACAUAUCCCACAAGUCCCACACUACCAUCAAGUACUUCCUGAAAAUGUGGAGCAGCGUCAGCGAGACACUGAUCUUCAUCUUUCUAGGUGUGGCGACGGUGGACGGACCUCAUGCCUGGAACUGGACCUUCGUCACCGUCACUGUCAUUCUGUGUCUGGUGGCACGGGUCAUAGGUGUGGUUGGUCUAACCUAUGUAAUCAACAAGUUCCGCAUCGUCAAACUGACCACCAAGGACCAGUUCAUUAUUGCCUACGGUGGCCUGCGAGGGGCCAUCGCCUUCUCCCUCGGCUUCCUGUUGAAGAGGGAGCACUUCCCCAUGAGAGAGAUGUUCCUUACUGCCAUCAUCACUGUUAUCUUCUUCACUGUCUUUGUUCAGGGCAUGACCAUCAAACCCCUAGUGGAGCUGCUGGCAGUGAAGAAGAAACAGGAGGCCAAGCGUUCGAUUAAUGAGGAAAUCCACACCCAGUUCCUGGACCACCUUCUGACAGGGAUUGAAGACAUUUGUGGACACUAUGGACACCACCACUGGAAGGACAAAUUGAACCGCUUCAACAAGAAGUACGUGAAGAAGUGCCUGAUUGCAGGCGAACGCUCCAAGGAGCCACAGCUCAUCGCCUUCUACCACAAGAUGGAGAUGAAACAGGCCAUUGAGAUGGUGGAGAGUGGAGGGGGAGUCAAGCUGCCUUCUGCGGUGCCUUCCACUGUAUCCAUGCAGAACAUCCAGCCCAAGAAGCCUCCUCCUGCCAAGCCUGUAGAGAGAGCUCUGCCCCAGCUGCCUAAAGGCCGAGAGGAGGAGAUCAGGAAGAUCCUCAGGAGUAACCUCCAGAGGACACGACAGAGGCUGCGCUCCUACAACAGACAUACUCUGGUGGCUGAUCCGUACGAGGAUGGCUUGGGUGAUUUGCUUAUCAAGAAGCAAAAGAUGAUUGAGCUGGAGAAGAAGAUAAAAGACAUGAGUAACUACCUGACGGUGCCUGCUGCUCCUCCUGACUCCCCGACCAUGUGCAGGGCCAGACUGGCUUCAGGCAGAGAAACUGAUUUCACACCUGCUCAACAGCAGAAAGGGAACAAAGUCUGUCCAGACCCCCAAGCCUACAGCAUGAAGCCGGCCUCAGACAGUGUGCCGACCAUCCAGGUAGACCUUGCCUCUCCUCAGUCUCCAGACUCUGUCAACCUGAUGGAUGAGUUCAGACGGGCCGGCCAGCAGCAGCAGCAGCAGCAGGAGGAGGACCAGGGCCUGAUGAUGAAGCCUCCCUCAGGGCAGAGUGGACCUAACAAGCCAGGUGAGGCAGACGGACCCAGAGAACAGCAGAAGCUGAUGAGGUGCCUGAGCGACCCCGGUCCCAGUGCAGACGAGGACGAGGAUGAACCCUUCCUGCCUUGAUAUGGCAGACUGGAUGUGGGGGGGUCAGACUGUGUCCUGCCUUCACUGGUUAGAUGAAAGAGGGCUGCUUCACCGCUCUGCUCUAAAUAAUCUUUUUGGUUCAGAAACCAAACAAGCCAAAACUGCUAAUGCUGUACAAACCAGGAGGAGAAAGCAAAAGAAGAAACAAAGAACCAUUAGUUUGUUAUUGUCAUUGCUUUUUAUUUUUUUAGACAGGAUUGGAACAGCAGUCGCUGCUCUCUGAGAGAUGAUGGAGUUUAUGCUUGAUAGUCCGAGACAUUCAGGAAAGAACUAUGCAUUACCAAAGGUUUGGACUGUUUAAGUGUCAGACAAUGUCAUUUCUACUUUAGUGUUAGAUGUCUUUCUCAAUUAUUGCAUAGUUGCUGGUUUUUUAUUUGUUCAUGAUUUUUGUCUCAAAGCUACAUUCUUUGAGACGCGAUGGGCCUCUAAUCCUAAAUGUAAUCAACAAAUCAAACCGCUUCAAUGCGGUUUUCACUUUCAAACAUUGAGUUUAAGGUGUUUGAUUUAAUCCAGUAUCUCACUGAAACCAUUCUUUCAUUCUGUCACUUGAAAUUGCUGGAUAUUCAAACAUUUAGUGUAGCUAGUUUAAGAUAUUUGGCCUUAUUUUAUGUCAAACCCUUUCACUUGGUGCAGUUUUACCUUUAUCAUUUUUAAAAAGGUAUUUUUAUUUCCGGGGUACAAAUGUCUGUUUGCAAUCAGUUUAGUACAGUCUUCGUUGGACUGGGGGUUAAAAGCUGGAUGUAUUUAGUCACUGUGUAAAAGAACCAAAGUUCUUUACAGUCAUGCAUACCUUGUCCUAUGGCUGUGGAGGGACUUACUGUAUUUCUUCAAAUAGUGACCAGGACCUUUACUUACCUCAACUGCACAAGGUACUAGGCCUUUAUUUGAAGCAGGCUUGUAUUCCGUCUGCUUUUAUUCCCUCUGCCUGGUUUUGAUCUGCUCCCAUUUGCCCUGUCUUUGCAUUAUGCUAUUAAUACAAACUCGACACUGAAACAUUUGCAGGAACGUGUGGUGGGAAACUAAUUUACUGGCAAAGUUCCCAUACAGAACUUUCGUCUUGUGGUACCUCUACGUUACUACAUAAUACAGUUUGGUUACGCGAUUAACACAGGUACAAAAAUUGGGACAAUAACACUUUACAUGAGCAAACUUGAACAAAAAGGUGUUGAUAAUUGCUGAUAAUAUUUUUGAAUUUCUACAAGCAAUGGAAAUAUACAUUGUUUUUUGCUGGCAUGCACAUAAAAUAACACUCACUGGAUGUUUAUUCAGUCUUCUUCUUCAGUUCAGUUUUUCCCUGGCCAUUAUUUGGGAAGGGUCUUUGUUUGUGUUGACCACGCCUCCCAACAAUAUUCAACACCUGGCCUUUAUUUGAUUACCGGUUUUUAUUGGAGGAAAUGCAGUAUGUGAAAUCCCUCACUGUUGUAUAUAGAAGUUUUGACCUACAAAUACAGAAUAAAGCUGAGUGUAGGGCAGGCUUGGGAGACAGAUGGUGAUGCAGCACAGAUGUUUUGAUGUCAGUGAUUAUGCUUGAAUCCCCACCCAAGUCUUCUGAAGUGAAAUCACAAAUUGUCAUGUCAUGUUUCUGUGUAUAUGUUUUAUGUUUUACCUCAACUUUAGAACCCCCUUUAAAACUCAACUCAAGUAGGGGUCGAGUUGUUAGAGUAGAUGUAUCUCUCUAUAUGUAUACAGUAUAUAUUAAUGUAAUUAACAAGUGCCCAUCUAAGUCACCUUCACACUCCUCAUCACAUGAGCUGAUUUUAAUAUAUCAAAUUAAUCAGCGAUCACUUUCUUUUACAUGCAUUCUACAGGUUUUUUUACUGGCGUUUUGAAGAAGCAUUUUUGUCCGAUGUCGCUGUUUAGCUGAUUACAGGAUGCCACAAGUGAAGGUUAGUUUGUAAAGGAGCCCAUCCACACCUCUUAACCUUCUUGAAAUCUAAGACUGUAAGCAUGUCAUGGCAAAAAAAAAAAUGUAAUUCUAUGCAGUAUAGAUGUGUAAAAUAUGUAAAUUAAUUAUAAUAUCCUAUAUUUAUGAAUACCCUUUAAAACUGAAGUCUUGUAAUCUUGUUAACAUGCAACACAUUGAAACACACCUAAAAUCAAACAUGGGCAUUAAAAUAAAUGGUCACAAAAACAGAGUCUUUGCACAUCUGAGAAAGACUUACGUUAUCUGCAGGCCUAGUGUUCUGUCGAUACUGUAAGUCACUCUCUACUGUAUAUGGUUGUACAGUGUGUAGGAUAGCCAGUGUAAAGUACAUUGCACGUCUUUUUUACACUGCCGCUCAGUGAAUUGGAAUAUAACAAAAGUAAUUUAUGUUGUGAUGAUUUGCUGAUUCAAAUCCAUUUGGACGUCUUAAUAGUAAACGCACCAUGUCGUCAGUGUUUUUUUUACACUACAGCAAAAUGCCACAGCCAAGUCUAUUAUCCCUAUAAGAGUGUUGUUUUUCCAUUCAGGCCAUCCAAAGAACUUAGUGUGGAAAACAAAGUUCAGUCCUGCUCUGAAGUAGAAUGAGUGAGUCACUGCUCCAGUUCUGUGGCUGGUUUCUAGGUGUCAGUGACCUUCCUGAUCCUCUUACAACCGGAAGGUUCACGUUACAGCUGAGGGGACGAGCGAAGAAGUUGACAGGCUCGUUCAUUUUCCUCAUUUUUUAUUCUCUUAAGCAUCUAUAAAUGAAUUUCUAUUGUUAUUGCAGCGAGAGUAAGAGGAUAUAUUGUCUGUGCAUAGAUGCGCUCGUGUAAAUCCGGAUGCAUGGAUGUGUAGAUGUGACCGUACUUGCACUGCUCUCGAGUAUGUUUGGUCCUUUUUCCUGCUUCCUAAUUUCUAACAUGAUUAUUACAGCGGAGAGGUCAAACCGUGGAGCAUCUCAUUUUCCUGUCUCGACCAAAUUGAAUUUACUUUCUGAAAAGCCGGCUUGUUUGAUGGAGUGUCGGAGUGGAAAAGUGUGCUGAAGAUGUCAACAAGGUCAAAUAGAGAGGGGCUGUUGAAACCCAGAAUUGACAAACCAAAUGACGUGCUGCACUUUUGCCCAUCCUCAAAUCCUCCUUUUAUGGUUGCUUAAAGGACAUUUACAUGCAGCAUUGAAUUUAUGAGGUUCUGAAAUGGUUUAUAAACUGCCACCACAGAAGCCCUGAGAACUGUUUCUCUCCAUCUGUGAAUGGACGCUUAAAGUUUUGCUGUAGAGACUAUUUCUAUAUCAUCUUCCCAGAUGCUGAAUGAUUUGACUUCCAUUGAACGGCAGUUUGUCACUGUCUUCACCCUGAACAGCUCUGCGGAGACUGAUAAGUAGGUUUCAAGAAGGUUGCGGCAAGUAAUGCAUUUCUUAACAUACUCUGCAUUAUGAAUACAUGUGACUGUGUGAAUGCAAAUCAGGCUGUCUCACAGAGAGAAUAUGCAUCAUUCUCUGUGUAGAUGUUGUGUUUUUCAUAUCAAAAUUCAUGCAGGAGUCAACAGAACUUGGUGAUGUGAUCAAGUAGAAGGAAGCCAAAAAAAAAAAAGCUAUUUAAAUUCAUA